CACACACCCCCUCGCGGGCCCUCAUGCAGAAUUUAAAUCCCCCUUCCCGCAAGCUCAGUACUACAGUAUUCAAGGUGCGGCUCGAGCUACAACAGGUGGAAAGGAGAUCAAGAACCACAACAAUAUUGUGUUAACUAAAGCCAACAGAAACGUAUUUAUUUAGUCAUUUAAAAAAUAAUCGAUAAAAUAAUUGUAUUUUUAAAGAUGGCAAACUCGGGAAUUCAACUUUUAGGAUUCGCCCUGUCACUCGUCGGUGUCAUUGCACUUAUCAUGGGGACCAUUCUUCCACAGUGGAAGAUGUCUGCGUACAUAGGAGACAACAUCAUAACGGCGGUUGCCAUGUACCAAGGACUAUGGAUGUCAUGCGCUUUUCAGAGCACAGGGCAGCUCCAAUGUAAAAUCUACGACUCGAUCCUGCAGCUAGACGGCGCUCUCCAGGCCACCCGUGCCCUGAUGAUUGUUGGCAUCAUCGUAUCCAUUGCUGGGCUGGGCGUGGCCACCAUGGGCAUGAAGUGUACCACCUGCCGAGGAAACAGAAAAGUGUGGAAGUCUCGCACCGCCAUGACUGGAGGCAUCAUCCUACUGGUUGGAGCUCUGUGUGCAUUAGUGGCCUGCUCGUGGUUCGCUCACAAUCUCAUCCGGGCCUUUUAUAACCCAUAUACUCCUGUCAACACCAAGUUUGAGUUUGGGGCAGCCAUCUUCAUCGCCUGGGGGGGUUCUUUCCUGGACCUGCUGGGGGGAGCCAUGCUGGCAUCUUCCUGCCCCAGGAGUAAAAAGCCGGUGCCCAAAUACCCUGUCAUGAGUGGCGUGAGUGCUCGCUCACCAUCCAGCAGCACCAAGGAGUACGUGUGAGCUAAAUCAAGCUGCCAGAUUAUAAUGAGAUUCAUGAGGUUUUAUAAUGAGGUUUACAGAUCUGCCCCCGCCACCCCACCCCACCAGGACCGUUGUGAUGUCUCUCACCCACUCCCAAAAUUCCACAAUUGUUUAUGAGUGGGCCUCACAAAUACACUAUAAUUGGUUAUUGGAUCCCCCAUAUAUUAUGCCUUUGUGUAAUAUGAGAACAUGCACCCUAACACACACACACACUUCUCUUAUUACAGCCAAGAUGCAGCAUCAUGGCAAACACUCACCUCCCUGUAAGAAACACUGUCUACUUAAAUGAACAUUUCCAUUGUAAUUGAAGGUAGUCAAUUAAACGUGUUGUGGUGCUAAGGUCCUACUCUUGGCAUACUCAUGGGACAGCUAUGUAUGUAAAAUAGGAAAUGUGACUAGCGCACCACCAAUACUUUUACAAUGGAGUUUUCUGUAGACGUGACCGUCUCCAAUUGUGUUCAAUGUUCAAGCCAAAUGGAACUUCACACUAGUUGUAAGUGACUGUACACGCUCUGGUGAAUCACCGGACAAUUCACUAUUGCACUCCAAAAGGGAGGGGGCUUUUCAUACAGGCCUGCAAUCUACUCUGUCCCAUUAUAAAAUCUCUCAGAACAGUCAUUCUCAACAGGUGCAUUAUUACAAGAAGUGUUUUUUUUUAUUAUUGUACUACAUAAUAUACAGUGCAUUCGGAAAGUAUUCAGACAACUUUCCAUUAUCCACAUGUUGUUAGGUUACAGACUUUAUCUAAAAUGUGUAAAAUACAUUUUUUCCUCAUCAAUCUACACGCAAUGUCCUAUAAUGUCAAAGCAAAAACAGGUUUAGAAGUUUUUGCAAAUGCAUUAAAAAUAAAAAACAGAAAUACCUUAUUUACAUAACUAUUCAGACACUGCUAUGAGACUCAAAAUUGAGCUCAGGUGCAUCCUGUUUCCAUUGAUCAUCCUUGAGAUGUUUCUGCAACUUGAUUGGAGUCCACCUGUGGUAAAUUCAAUUGAUUGCACAUGAUUUGGAAAGGCACACAUCUGUCUAUAUAAAGGUCCCACAGUUGACAGUGCAUGUCAGAGCAAAAACCAAGCCAUGACGUCGAAGGAAUUGUCAGUAGAGCUCCGAGACAGGAUUGUGUCGAGGCACAGAUCUGGGGAAGGGUAGCAAACAAUGUCUGCAGCAUUGAAGGUCCUCAAGAACACAGUGACCUCCACCAUUCUUAAAUGGAAGAAGUUUGGCACUACCAAAACUCUUCCUAGAGCUGGCCACCCGCCUGAGCAAUCUGAGCAAUCGGGGAGGUGACCAAGAACCUGCUGGUCACUAAUACAGAGCUCCAGAGUUCCUCCGUGGAGAUGGGAGAACCUUCCAGAAGGACAACCAUCGCUGCAGCACUCCACCAAUCAGGCUUUUAUGGUAGAGUGGCCAGACAGAAACCACUCCUUGUAACGGCUGUCCUCCUCUUCUUCAUCCGAAGAGGAGCAGGGAUUGAACCAAGGCGCAGUGGAGUUUGAAUACAUAAUGAAUUUAUUGACAAGACGAAAAAACACGAACUUGACUAUACACUAACAAAACAAAUAAACGGUGUAGAACAGAUCUGAACGACGGACUCACAUAACACACGAGAACGCACGAACAGGGGAAAAAGCCUACACAUAAAUGACACUUAACAAACAAAACCGAAACCAGUCCCGUGUGGCGCAACGACAUACACAAACACAGGAGACAAUCACCCACAACGAACACUGUGACAACGCCUACCUAAAUAUGACUCUUAAUUAGAGGAACGCCAAACACCUGCCUCUAAUUAAGAGCCAUACCAGGCAACCCAAAACCAACACAGAAACAGAAAACAUAGAAUGCCCACCCAACCUCACGUCCUGACCAACUAACACACAUAACAACUAACAUAAAUAGGUCAGGAACGUGACACUCCUCAGUAGAAGGCACAUGACAGCCCGCUUGGAGUUUGCCAAAAGGCACCUAAAGGACUCUCAGACCAUGAGAAACAAAAUUCUCUGGUUUGAUGAAACCAAGAUUGAACUCUUUGGUCUGAAUGCCAAGCGUUACGUCUGUAGGAAACCUGGCACCAUCCCUACAGUGAAGCAUGGUGGUGGCAGUAUCAUUCUGUGGGAAUGUUUUUCAGCGGCAGGGACUGGGAGACUUGUCAAGAUCGAGAGAAAGAUGAACGGAGCAAAGUACAGAGAGAUCCUUGAUGAAAACCUGCCCCAGAGUGCUCAGGACCUCAGGCUGGGGUGAAGGUUCACCUUCCAACAGGAAAACCUUAAGCACACAGCCAAGACAUUGCAGGAGUGGCUUCGGGACAAGUCUCUGAAUGUCCUUGAGUGGCCCAGUCAGAGCCCGGACUUGAACCGGAUCGAACAUCUCUGGAGAGACCUGAAAAUAGCUGUGCAGCGACGCUCCCCAUCCUACCUGACAGAGCUUGAGAUGAUCUGCAGAGAAGAAUGGGAGAGAUUCUCCAACACAGGUGUGCUAAGCUUGUAGCUUCAUACCCAAGAUCACUCGAGGCUGUAAUUGCUGCCAAAUAUGCUUCAACAUAGUACUGAGUAAAGGGUCUGAAUACUUAUGUAAAUGUGAUAUUUCAGUUUUCAAAAUUUCUACAAACCUGUUUUUUGUUAGUCAUUAUGGGGUAUUGUGUGUAGUUUGAUGAAGGGGGAAAAAACGAUUUAAUCCAUUUUAGAAUAACGCUGUAACGUAACAAAAUGUGGAAACAGUCAAGGGGUCUGAAUACUUUCCGAAUGCACUGUACAUUAUCAUCAAACUUGUUUUUUUAAUGUGUUUUAUAAUUUGUUCAUUAUUCUGUAUGAAGGCAUCCUGUGUUCUGAUGUCCACACUAGCGUUCUACUUAGGAUGGAACAAUAUAUUUGGAACGCAUUAUAGAUAGUAUGCUAGUGGUGUUCUUAGAAUGUAGCCUGUGUUUUAAAUGUAGCAGACUACGGUAUUACCAUUCCUAAGUGCUAGCGUAGUCCAGUUCAGCCUUGUCUUUUUGCCUUUGGCUUUAAACAGCAUAAGGAAUAUUUGAUAUUGAAUCUUUGUGCUGCACAUUGCGAAAGCUCAACCAUACUGCCUUUGCCUGAAAAAGAUGUUCAGCAGAAUUUUAAUGCUGGGUCCUUUUGUAUUUGUUUGUUGUAAGCAUAUAAAUUAAAUUGCUAGAUAGUAAUAGUAACUAGGUUACUUAUUUGUAAUAUUUCUAUGUAUGUAAGAUUAAGAUGUUCUGAAAGGUUUUUAGAAAUGAUUGUUUUAAUCAAAUGCAGCUUUAUUUUUUUUCUUUAUCUAGCCCAUUUUUUUUAUUAUUGAAAAGUUGACUCAGUGUUUUUUCUCUCAUCACAAUAGUUGAAAUGCAAUGUCUUAACUGUCAACGUCCCAUUAUACAACAACUCUGGUAGUAAAAUACACAACAGGAAUAUUA